AUGAUCAAGAACGAGACACCAGAUACUCCCCGCCCAUCGAGCCCCGCUCGCAAGCCUACGAUCAACCUUCCUCCCAUUACUCCUAUAUCAAAGUCACCACAACUCAAAGCUCGCACCCCUAGCAACAAGUUUGUCACCUACAAGGAGUGUCUUGCAAACGACCGCGCUGCCAGAAAGAGUGCAAUAUCUCUAGUCAAGCAAACAGAUGAAUACAUCUUUGAAAUGGACCAUCAAAAAAGGGACCUGAUGCUCGAGACCGCUGCUCAGGAGACUGAUGCCAAAAGAAUCAGAGACGGAGAGCACGUUUCCUGCCUAUUUGAGGAAGCCCAGGAAACACCUCUGAGCCCCGAGGAAGCUGCUGAGGUAUGGGAAACUACAAAAAGAGAGAUUGCCGCAAAGACGUCGGGCUUAAGAGGAAAACCAAAGUCUAAAGUCACGAUGGUACCUACGAAGAUGGCUCGUCGGGAUGAGAAGAUUGAAAUUGAAGAGAGCGUUAUCGACCUUGCUCGCGACGUCGAUGUCGCCUCUGAGAUGCUUACAUCGAAUGGUCUUCCGGUCAUGGUUAUUGAUGAUGAUUAA